UCGAAGAAGAAACUACCAUUUAAGGAAGAGAAUAAUCUUCACCAACUGAAUUACAUACCAAAUUUCAUUAUAGAAUUAUUUUUCCUUUUGUUUUUUUUCUUCUUCUUUUAAAAAAAAAAUUUUUUUAUUUAUUAUAAUUCUAAUUUAUACCGACAUUUAUUUGUGUGUAUUUUAUAUUUUUUAUUUUAUUUUUAAUUUUUUUUCUGAAAUUAAACAUGGAAAAUGUUGAGGAGUACAUUAAAGCCAACGACCUUCAGACACGAGAUGCCUGUGAUGUUAUCGAAGAAUUCACUGAUGAAAUUUAUCGAAUGAGAGGCAGGUGCAUUGACAUUGGAUGUGGACCCGGAACAUUUAGUAAAAAUUUCCUCCUACCAAAAUUGCAUCCCGAUUCUGUAUUGAUUGGUGCUGACGUAUCCAAACAAAUGAUUAAAUAUGCACGAAAGACAUGCACCGAUGAGGACAGAAUGGAUUUCGUUGAAUUAGAUAUUGAAACGGCAAAAAUUCCGGCAACUGAAAUUGGACGUUAUGAUAAUGCACUUUCCUUUUAUUGCCUCCAUUGGAUUCAAAAUCCCAGAAGAGCAUAUGAAAAUAUCUAUCAAUUAUUACAACCUGGUGGUAAAGUUGUCAUAACAUUUUUGACAUUCAACAGUGGUUUUCAAGCAUAUUUGAAAUUGAGCGAGGAUCCAAAAUAUAAAUCUUACAUGAAGGAUGUACGGAAAUUUAUACCACCAACACUGACCUACAACAAUGUAAGAGCGGAAUUGAAAAAAAUGUUGGAAGAAACUGGCUUCGAAGUAAUUCACUGUAGUAAUAGAGAAAAAACUUUUGUUUACAAGAGCAUGAAAAUUUUGAAAAAUCACGUACGUGCUGUUAAUCCAUUUCUUCAUCGAAUGCCAGAUAAUGUCGCAGAAGAAUACAUGACAGAUCUUGUGCGUGAAAUUGUAAAUGAGAAAAUCAUUUGUAUUAACAAAAAUAAUUUAAACAAAGAAGAGUACAGUAUAUUAGAUAAAUAUCAAGUUUUAGUUGCAUAUUUUAAAAAGCCAUUGAACACUGAUAAUUAA